GCCAGCUCGGUCACGUCCCUCCUGGGGACAGGCAGCCUGCCCGUGCCUCAGUUUCCCCAGCGGCUCACCCUGAUUUUCUCUCUUGCAGAUUCCGAGCAGAGCAGCAGCCCCCGGACGGGCAUCGGUUCGGACCAGGAGGACAGCAAGCCCAUCACGCUGGACUCGACAGACUUCCAGGAAAGCUUCGUGACCUCGGGGGUGUUCAGCGUCACCGAGCUCAUCCAGGUGUCCCGAACGCCGGUGGUGACGGGCACGGGGCCAAAUUUCUCCCUGGGGGAGCUGCAGGGCCACCUGGCCUAUGACCUGAACCCCUCCAGCACGGGCAUGAGGAGGACGCUGCCCAGCACCUCCUCCAGCGGGAGCAAACGGCACAAGUCGGGCUCCAUGGAGGAUGACAUCGACACGAGCCCCGGGGGCGAGUACUACACCUCCUCCAACUCGCCCACGAGUAGCAGCCGCAACUGGACAGAAGACAUGGAAGGGGGCAUCUCCCCCACCGUGAAGAAGACGGAGAUGGACAAGUCGCCCUUCAACAGCCCGUCGCCCCAGGACUCCUCGCCCCGGCUGAGCAGCUUCACGCAGCACCACCGUCCCGUCAUCGCGGUGCACAGCGGUAUCGCUCGCAGCCCACACCCUUCGUCCACGCUGCAUUUCCCCACCACCUCGAUUCUCCCCCAGACGGCCUCCACCUACUUCCCCCACACGGCCAUACGGUACCCGCCUCAUCUCAACCCGCAGGACCCCCUGAAAGAUCUCGUCUCGCUGGCCUGCGACCCGUCCAACCAGCAGCCCGGACCGCCUACUCUGCACCAGGCACGCCCCCUGCGAACCGUUCCUUCGUGGGAUUAGGACCAAGGGAUCCUGGGAGUAUCUAUCAGGCACAGGUGAGACGGGGGGGCUGCUGGGGGGACCCUCCUGCCCUCGCCCCAGGCAGCACCAGCCUGGCAUC